UUCUAUCCAACAAAAGAUAAGGUAACAAACAUAGUACAUCAUCUCUCGUAUCUCCCUCAAAGCCACCAUCAAUGGAGGCUACUCUCUUCUCCUUACAUGGCUCCACCUCUCACUCUUACCCAUUUUCCCUAAAAUCCCACUUCAAAAAUCCCUUCACAAUCCCCAAUUCCAACUUGAAACUCAAACAAAGAACUCUGACAAUCCGUUCAGCCAUUAGCAGAACCAAGAAAGAAGAAACUGUUGAAACUGUUAAACAACAGCUUGAAGACUGUUACCUUUUAGCUGGAAUCAGCUACAAGGGGUUGACUGUCAAGCAAUUCCAAGAUCUCAGGUCUCAACUCCCAGAAACCACAAAGCUUCUUGUUGCAAAGAAUACUCUGGUGCUCAAAGCUAUUGAAGGUACAAAAUGGGAAGCCUUGAGACCAUGUAUGAAAGGAAUGAAUGCUUGGUUAUUCGUUCAUAGUGAAGAAAUACCAGCUGCUUUGAAGCCUUAUAGGACUUUUCAAAAGGAGAAGAAGUUGGAGGAAAAUGAUUUUACUGGUGGAGUUUUUGAAGGGAAGUUUUACGGGCCCGAUGAGUUUAAAGUUCUUGAGAAUUUGCCUACAAGAGCUGAGAUUUAUGCACAGCUACUUGGGUCUUUGAAAGGACCUGCUUCAGCUGUUGUUGGGACUAUUCAGGCUCCGGCAAGGAAUUUGGUUAUGGUGCUUCAGGCUUAUGUAAAGAAAUUGGAGGAAGAACAAGGUGGAAGUCAAUGAUUUUGUUGUAAUUCUUGGAUAUGGUAAGAUAAUGUUAUAUUCAUGGUCAAUUUGAUUCAAAAAUUGAAGCUUUUGGAUAUGGAAUUUUGUAAAUUCGUUUUCUUUUUGUUGGUAGAAUGAAUUUUCCUUGCCAGUUCUCCUAA